GGACGCUGUCGCUAGACGUGGAUUGUGCUGCUAGUCCUCGAAGUUUAUCCAAUCCGAGUCGGUUUCGGCAGCGUCGCGUGAGAGCGUGAGCGUGAGUCCGUGAUCCAAGUUGAGGGGUGCGUAACUGAAAGUGCGAUGACGUCCGAAGUCGAAGAGAUAUUCAAGAAGCUGAAAGACCAGGAGGGAGUCGUUGGGGUGGUGGUUACAACAUCUGAAGGAGCACCUAUCAAAACGUCGUUCGACAAUGUAACGACUAUGCAAUACGCUACUCUUGUCACACGACUGUGUGAACAGGCACGAAGCACUCUGCGGGACCUAGAACCUGGAAACGACUUGACAUUCCUCAGGAUGCGGACCAAGAAGCAUGAAAUUAUGAUUUCACCAGAUAAGAACUAUUGCUUGGUUGUGGUGCAGAAUCCAUCUGGAUGAAUAAAAGAUGACAGAUAGAACCUUGG